AUGGCCGGCCAACACUCGCAUUCGUACUCGUCGCACCCUUAUCCGCCUUCGUCGGCGAGCGGCGGCUCUCAAGGCGCCUACGUCGACGCGUACCCGUCGUACGACUACUCGUCGACCUCGACGCCGUCCCUCCCCGAGUACCAGCAGCAGGCGUCGCCCCAGAUCCGGUUCGCCCCGCCGUCGUCGUCGUACCACGCCUCGUCGCGCUCGCGGUACUCGUCGCACCCGAGCUCUCGGCACAGCGUCUCGUCGUCCGAGGCCGAGGAGCAGAGCUCGAGCCAUGCUCGGGCGCCCGUCCACUCGCUGUACGUCGCCUCGGGCCAAGGUCAAGGCGCCGGCACCCUGUCGCCCUCGCCGCUGUACGACCAGUCGCCCGACCAGCAGCACCACUACUCGCAGCAGCAGCAGCAGCAGCAGCAGCAGCACGGCGACUACGGCUCGCCCUACUCGGCGCCCGUCACUCGCGCCUCGUCGCGCACCGACCGCCCGCCCCAGUCCAUGUUCGCCCGCGCUCCUCCCUCGCACCACAUGACCGACGACGUCACCUACGUCUCGACCCGCUCGCACCACCUGCCCGCCGGCGUCGUCGGCGCGUCGGACGGCUGGGCCGAGGGCGCGCCGCUCGACCUUCCUCAACCGCCCAAGGUCACGGCGUCGUCGUCGUCGUCGUCGUCAGCGGCGGCGAGGAAAAAGGCGUCGUCGUCGCAGGCGCCGCGCAAGCGUGUACCGGCAUCGUGCACGCCGUGCAGGAAGAAGAAGCUGCGCUGCAACCGGUCGAUGCCGUGCUCGUCGUGCGUCGAGCGAGGCGACCCCGAGGGCUGCAUUUGGGACGGUGACGCCGUGCCGCUCUUUGUCGCUCGAGAAGAGACGGACGUCAAGGAGCUCAAGGCUCAGGUCGAUCGCCUGCAGCACCUACUCGACGCCAUGAGCGAGUCGACGCCGCCCGUAUCGGCGACCACGUCCCCCACUACCCGCCCCAUCGAUGCGGCGAGUCGACCUGUCCAGCAGCAGUACGCCAUCGUCCAGCAGGCCGAGGUGCCCGGCCUCGAGCUCGCGACGUUCGACUUGCGAGGGCAGGACUUGUGCGGCGCCCUCGUCGAGCUCGCGCUCAAGGGCGUCCUGUCGACGCAGCAGUCGGGCGCCGAGUCGUUCGCGCCCAACGGCGUCGGCGGCGAGGCGUUCCUCGACGAGGCCGAGCGCUUCGUCCAGUCGUCGAUCCAGCACGACGCCUCGUCGGCCGGCUCGAGCUUCGUCGUCCUCACGCCCUCGUCUAUCGCACCCUCUCCUCCCUCCUCUGCGCCUCACACGUCUUCUUCGAGCCCGUCGGCGUUCGCCCUCAACACGUGCCUCCUCGGCACGCGUCCGACGGUGCGCCAGGUCCUCGCGCUCGUCCCCUCAGACGACGAGCUGCGCUCGGCGUACCAGGUCUACGCCUCGUCUGUGCACUGGCACUCGGCGCCGAUCCGCCUCGCCGACCUCGAACAGCGUUGGUCAUUGUUCCGGCGGGCGAUGUCGCAGCCCGACGAGGCGCAGCGCGAGCGCGAGGUCGACCCGCUUUUCGUCGCCGUUCUCCUCAGCGCCUGUGCGUCCGGCCUCGCGAGCAUGACGACCAAGCAGGCGCAAGCUCGAGGGUUCCCCGACAACCGUUCGUCCAUCGUCGAGCGCUGGGUCCACACGGCCAUGCUCUCGCUCGUCGCCGGCAAGUUCAUGGAGCAGCCGAGCCUCGACGGCAUCCGGGCCGCCGUCAUCAUCGCCUCGCUCUACAUCUUCAUGUCGACCGGCGACACGGUCUCGGCGGGCAUGUCGCUCCUGUCGCUCGCGGUCAACGCCGUGCUCUCGCUCGACCUGCACCUCGACCCGUCUCGACCGAGCAAGGCCCAGCCGUCGUUCGCCGACUGCGAGGAGCGUCGUCGACUCUUCUGGUCCGUCUUCUCGCUCUCGAUGUCGGUCUCGUCGGGCACGUCGCGCACCUGGUCUGGGUUCGACCUGCGCCAGAUCGACUGCAAGUUUCCUCUCGACUGCUACGACGCCGAGCUCAACAUGGACGAGCGUGCCGCCAAGGCCCGGGUCCGCAGCAGGAGAGCGGCUGACGGCUUCGAGGAAACGCCCAUGACGGUCACGGUCCUUCGCGCGCAGCAGAGCCUCCUCGCCAAAAAGAUCACCGACAAAGCGUUCAGCGUCACGCCCUGCAGCUACGACGACGUCCUGUCGCUGGACAUGGACCUCAUCGCGUUCGAGAAGAGCCUGCCGCCGGCGUACGAGCUCCCCGUGGACGGCGCCAACCGGGUCCAGUUCGCCUCGCCGCCAACGCCGACCGAGAUGCGCGCAACCGUCAUCCAGCUCUACCUUGCGGCCGAGUUCGUGCGCCUGCACCGUCCUUUCCUUGUUCUCGCGGCGGCAGACGACCGCUACCAGCACUCGCGGGAGCAGUGCGUCAAGUACGGCAAGCGCUUGCUCGCGAUCAACAGCGCACCGGGCUGUCACCUCGACUGGGCAGGGCACAACUUCAAGGUCAUCUCGGCGGCCGUCGCUCUCGCUGUCGAGCUCCUGCAGUCGCCGGCCGAGCCGGACGCGCCCAUCAUCCGCAGCGGGAUCGACCUCGUCCUCAAGCGAGUCGAGGGCUUCGCCGGCGUCUCGACUAUCUGCCGCAAAGGCUCGGCCGUCAUCCGCUUCGUCCUCUCCAAGGUCGACGACGAGGUCGCCAACUCGUCUGCCCCUCGCCGGGCCAAGCGAGCGCGCACGCUCCGCUACAGCCCCGAGUCGGACUGGUCCCGUCGUCCGAGCCUCGCUCGUGCUCUCGGCGGCGCCCCGACGGCGGUAUCGUCGCGCGCGACCAGCCCCGAGGAGAACGGCCGACGACGCAAGGCGACGCGCCCGCAGCUCGUCCACAUGGCGUCCGACACGGUCGUGCCUCGCGUGACGGCGACGCACACGGCGACGAAGCCGCACGCGCCGUUCCUGCGCCUGUCGCGCAGCCGCUCGGCCGACCAGGCCUUCCCAACGCUCAACACGCUCGACGCGCUCGCCACCAAGGGCCCGCACAGCGCCGAGGCGACCUACGCGCCGUUAUACGCCGUCGCCCCUCCAGCUCGGCAGAUCGCCGGCCUCGGGAGUGCCCACUCGCGCCGGGCUCGCGAGAUGUCGUCCGCCGCCUCGGGCGCCGACGCCACGCUCGCCGCCCUCGCCACCUUCUCGCCGCCCGACAGCACCCUGCACCUUCACCUCCCGAACUCGCCCUAUCGCGACAUGCAGAACGGGCCGGCGACGGCGUCCACCACGGGCGGGUUCGACUUUGGCGAGCUCAAUCUCGGCGGCGGCGCGCCGUCCGGCUCGAGUGACUCGGUCCUCGACGAGGCCGACAUGCAGGACGUCUUCAGCCUGUCGUCGGUCCCGUUCCAGGGCAGCCCACACGCGGGCCACCUGGGCUUGUCGGACGAACCGGACCGUGCGGUGGCGGCGAGAGGGGCGACGACGGGCGGGUCCAAGUUCAACGUUCCGCUCAGCGAGGAGGACUUUGCCUACCUGCACCAAGCCGUGCCCGUCGAGCCUCUCGGCCCCGCCUCGAUGAGGCGCAUCUUUGGCGCAUCGAGCAUCACCGGGUCGUCGACAUCCAACUCGCUCGCGUCCGACUCGCUCCCCUCCCCAUCCUCAUCUUCCCACCCCGACUAUCCCUCGGCGCACGCACCCGACGGCCUGCACGCCGCCGACCCGCAAGCCAAGAGCUGGUUCGGCCUUGCCCGGAGCACCUCGCACGGCUCGGUCGCGAGCCGCAACGCCGCCUCGUCCCCGGCCACCGGCGCACAACCCGCCCACCAGCCUGCGAGCUCCUCACGGCUCGCCGAGUCGUUCAACCCCGACGACGAGUUCGACUUUGGCCAGCUCCCGUUCGGCUCGGCGCGCUCGCCGCCCCCACCGCCCUCGCCGCCGACUCUCGGGCGCCAACGAGACUCGGCCCGCUCGUCGGUCGGCGGCGUCGGCGGCGCGCGCAGUCGGCCCUUCUCGCCCGAGACGACCUCGUCCGAGCCCGUGUCGCAAGACGCUCUCAUGAUCGAGCUGUUGAGCGGCGCGGCGGUCGUCGAAGCGCGAGAUUUCGAGGUCAUGGGCUGGGAGGAGACGCAGGAGGUCAAGAAGGAGCACACCGUCCUCUCGACCCGCAUCGCCGGCCUGACGCGGUCCGUCGCACUCGAGACCCGCCUGCGCGACUCGGCCGCCAAGCUCGUCCGCCUGUCCGGCCCGUCUAGCGACCCGUCGACGCCCACCAACCCGACCUCUCCCGCUCGUCCUCGCGUCACCCGAGAGCAGGCCGAGGCGCAGCUCGCGACGGCGCAGGCCAAGCUCGACACGCUCCAGGCCGACCUGUACAACACGAGCUCGCGCGAGGCCGAGCUGCGCAUCAAGCUCCUCCGCCACACGGCCGCCGUCCUCGCCAACUCUUUGCGCCAGAAGGAGCAAGAGCAGGACAGCCGGUCCGCCAUUGCCGCUGGCCCUUACCCGUUCGCGCCCACCCUCGCACCCUCCUCGGCCGCGUCACAGCCGCACGCCACCCCUUCCCCUCCCGGCUCGGCGCGGUUCGACGGCGCGCACUUCUUUGCCGGCAACCGCGAGGCCAUCGUCCCCCGCGUCCGCACCAUCUCGGCCAACGGCGUCGGCGGCUCGCCGUACCAGAGCCCGCAGCUCGGCGCGAGCGGCUCGUUCGGCGCCAACGCCGUCCAGCUGCAGCACGACCUCGUCGAGCGCGACACGCGCAUCAAGGAGCUCGAGGAGCAGGCGGGCUCGCUCGAGCGUCAGCUCGACGAGGUCAAGCGGCAGUCGGAGGCGGACCUGCGGUCGGCGCGCGAGGCGCUCGACCGCCGGGACGACGAGGUCAAGGAGGAGCACGAGCGGCUGCGGCGCGAGCUCUCGAGCGCGCAGGCGGACGCCGAGGGUCUGCGGGAGGAGCUGCACGCCGCGCGGGACGACGUCGAGCAGGUGCGGGGCGAGCACGACGGGGCGCGGCGAGAGGUCGAGGAGGCGCGGCGCGAGGUGGAGGGCGCCCGGCGCGAGGCCGACGAGCAUCGGUCGCAGCUCGCUGUCGCGCGCAGCAGCCCGUCGAUCGACGGCGCGGCGCAGCGCGACCUCGAGGCGGCGCGGCAGGAGGCGCAGGACGCGGCGCGGCGGCUGCGCGACCAGGGCAUGGAGCUCACCGAGGCUGAGCACAAGCUCGCAGACGCCGAGGAGCGCGUGUCGGAGCUCGAGGAGGAGCUGCAGCGCACCGAGGAGGAGAUGAAGGACGAGCGGCGAGCGUGGGAGGACAAGGUCCGCGAGGCCGAGUCGGCCAGCGCGGCGGCGAGCUCUGCGCGCGCCGACCGCUCAGCCGGGCCCGAGGACGACGAGCGCGCCGAGGAGGCCCGCCGCCGCGUCGAGCAGCUCGAGGGCGAGCGGCGGUCGGUCGUCGAGGCGAUCGGCGACGUCCUGCGCCGGCACCGCACGCGUCCGGCCCUCGGCUCGGCCUUGCGAGAGGCGCCCUCGCUCGACGACGCGACCGUGGACCGCGACGACCUGCCCGCCUACCUCGCCUCGACGCUCGACGCCCACCUCGACAAGGCGGGCGCCCACGUCGACGGCCUCGCCGCCGACUUGUCCUCGCUCCACGCCGAGCGCGACUCGCACGCCGGCCUCGAGGACGAGCUCGCCCAGGCGCACGAGCGCAUCCAGAUGCUCGAGGGCGACGUCGAGUCGCUGUCGGCCGAGCGCGACUCGCUCGAGACCGAGCUGGAACUGCUCCGGUCCCAGGCGCAGGACCACGAGGCGCGCCUGUCGGCGGUCCCGCAGCUCGAAGCCGACCACGCCGCCGCCCACACGUCGGCCAUGCACGCGCAGCAGGAGCUCGCCGGGGCGCAGGCGCGCCUCGCCGACCUCGACGGGCGACUCGCCGAGCAGGACAAGCAGCUGCAGGACCUGUGGCGCUCGAUCCCGGCGCUCGAGGGCCGUGCACGCGCCAACAGCGAGUCGAGCGACCUCUCGGUCCUGCGCAACGCGUUCGACCCGUCGUCGUUGGCAUCGGCGUCGUCGUCGCCGCCGCUGCCGGCGCGCAAACCGCUCGGCGCCCUCCUCAAGAGCGCCAUCGGCGCCGGCGGCCCCGACUCGGGCCUCUCGCCGUCGUCGACGCCGAGCAGCGACUACAGCGUCGACGCGCUCGUCGGUCGGGUCAAGCUCUUGUUGGCCGAGGACCAGAAGCUCGUGCAGAAGCUCGUCGCGCUCGAGAACGAGAAGGGCGACGCGCAGUCGAAACGGAUCGCCGAGCUCGAGGAGCGCCUGGACGUGUCGGCCACUCAGGAGGUGACGAUGCUCGAGCGGCUCAACGACCUCACCGAGUCGCUCGAGCAGACCCGAGCCGAGAAGCGCAAGCUCGAGGCCGACAAGGCGCAGCUUCUCGAUCAGCUCUCGGUCGCCCAGCAGCAGCAGCGCUCGCCGACGCCAGCACCCGCCGCCGCUCCCGCCGCACCGACCUCGAGCAGCAGCAACAUGGACGACGUCGAGGACCUGCGCGGCCAGAUUGCCGACCUCGAGGAGGAGCUGGCCGAUGCGCAGCGGCGCGAGCAGAAGACGCGCGCCUCUUUGCUCGAGGAGCUCAACAGCGCGCAGAGCGAGCUGUCGGCGACCAGGACGAAGCUGCGCCAGGCCGAGCGCCGGCUCGGGACCAAGUGAGCGCUGGGCGCUCUCGAGAUUGUAGCUCGUCUGCUGCAACCUCCUCUCACGAU